AUAAAAUUUUCAAAUAUCGAAUUUUUCCCUCAUAUGUAUCUAUUAUUAAAAUAUCCUGUGCGCCGUAAAACCUCUGUUGCUGUUGGCGGAGGAAAAGGGUGAAGCAUCCGGAAGGUUCUGGUACACGAGGCGUGCGCACGAAGGAAACCAGACUAAAACUGCGGACAAUUCACAAAUCUCUUCACAUCAAAUUCGAGACAUCGGGAUAGAGAUUGGGGAAGAUGGAGAGAGGAAGAGGCAGAGGAGGAAUGGUUGGGCUGCUGUUGGUGCAGGCGCUUAGCGAAUACUACCGCCUGGAGAGAAGGCCGCCCGUCACGGCGGGCCUUAUUGCAGCUAAUACUCUCAUUUACUUGCGCCCCAAAUUCUUGGACCCAAUUCUCCCAACACUCAAUCAAGUCUGGUUCAAUCCCCAUCUCAUUCUCAAGCACAAGGACCUAAAGCGAUUCCUUUUAUCGGCAUUCUACCACAUUGGUGAGCCCCACCUCGUGUACAACAUGUUGUCAUUGUUGUGGAAGGGAAUACAGUUGGAGAGUGCAAUGGGGAGCCUUGAGUACGCAUCAAUGGUUGCAGCUCUAGUGGGUAUGUCUCAGGGGACCACUUUGUUACUGGCCAAAGGCCUGCUGCUCUUUGACCACAAAAAGGCGUACUACAACGAAUAUUCUGUGGGAUUCUCAGGUGUUCUUUUUGCUAUGAAAGUAGUACUCUAUUCCCAGUCGGAUGACUACACAUACGUGCAAGGGCUUGUUGUCCCAGCACGUUAUGCUGCCUGGGCAGAACUUAUUCUAGUCCAAAUGUUAGUGCCUGGCGUUUCGUUUCUUGGGCACCUUGGAGGAGUGCUUGCUGGGUUGUUGUACGUGUAUCUAAAAGCUUCAUAUUCUGGCGCCAACCCUAUUAUGAAGAUAGUGCGGUGUUUACUCGGUUGGCCUCCAAGAUUUGUGCGCUGGAUUUUAGGAGCUUCUGUUGGGAGGAGUAGUGAGAGCGGAAAUGGCGUAUGGAGGUGCAGAGUGUGUACUUACGAUAAUGGAGGAUGGUUUAGUGCUUGUGAAAUCUGCGGUACGAGUCGCGAUGGCGGUGGAUUGUCAUCUUCUGAUGAUGAUACUGAAACUAUUUCCUUGGAAGAACUAAGAGAAAGGAGGAUUUGGAGAUUCAGGCGAUGAUGUGGAAAUAUUGUUCGGAAUAAUGUGGACUGUGCAGGAGCUGCUAUUAUAGUAAUAUAUGAUUUUCUUUUUUCUUUUUGGAAUUGGAGACUUUUGAAGUGCAUUGUGUUUCUCUAUGUAUGUAUCCUAUCAUCUUCUCUUAUUGCAGAAAUAUUAUGUAAUGAGGGUUCAUCAAUAUAUAUAUAUACUAUAAGUCAGGCAAGCCAAAGUCAGAAUGUGAGGUUGGAGAUCUUGGUUUUGUGGGAACCCACGUCGCCACCAUAUGCACCAAUGUACAGCCUACUCUUACAGGCAAAACCAAUAAUCCAUUUAUCUUUUUAAAA